CCAUGGCCCCCAUGGGCAUCCGCCUGUCCCCGCUGGGGGUGGCCGUCUUCUUCCUGCUGGGGCUCGGCGUGCUCUACCACCUCUACUCGGGCUUCCUGGCCGGCCGCUUCAGCCUCUUCGGCCUGGGCGGGGAGCCGUCCGGCGGGGCGGCGGAGCCCGCGGCCGCGGCCGACGGAGGCACGGUGGACCUGCGCGAGAUGCUGGCCGUGUCCGUGCUGGCGGCCGUGCGCGGUGGCGACGAGGUGAGGCGCGUCCGCGAGAGCAACGUCCUCCACGAGAAGUCCAAGGGGAAGACGCGCGAGGGCGCCGAGGACAAGAUGACCAGCGGCGACGUGCUGUCCAACCGCAAGAUGUUCUACCUGCUCAAGACCGCCUUCCCCAGCGUGCAGAUAAAUACUGAGGAACAUGUGGAUGCAACUGAUAAGGAAGUUAUCCAAUGGAAUCGUAAGAUUCCCGAGGAUAUCCUGAAGGAAAUAACUACCCCUAAAGAGGUACCAGCAGAAAGUGUUACUGUUUGGAUUGACCCCCUUGAUGCUACACAGGAAUAUACAGAAGAUCUUCGAAAGUAUGUCACUACCAUGGUGUGUGUAGCUGUAAAUGGUAAACCUGUCCUAGGAGUCAUACAUAAGCCGUUUUCUGAAUAUACAGCUUGGGCAAUGGUAGAUGGUGGUUCAAAUGUGAAAGCCCGCUCUUCCUACAAUGAGAAGACCCCAAGGAUCAUUGUGUCUCGUUCCCAUUCAGGGAUGGUCAAGCAGGUUGCCCUUCAGACAUUUGGAAACCAGACUACAAUUAUUCCAGCUGGUGGUGCUGGUUAUAAAGUUUUAGCACUCUUGGAUGUGCCUGAUAUGAAUCAAGAAAGAGCUGAUUUAUAUAUUCAUGUAACAUACAUCAAAAAGUGGGAUAUAUGUGCUGGCAAUGCCAUUUUAAAAGCCCUUGGGGGGCAUAUGACCACCCUGAGUGGUGAAGAGAUCAGUUACACGGGGUCUGAUGGCAUUGAAGGAGGACUCCUGGCUAGCAUCAGAAUGAACCACCAGGCUCUGGUCAGAAAGCUUCCAGAUUUAGAAAAGACAGGACAUAAAUAAGCAUAACUGAUGACAGGGUGCAACUCUUCGAGAACUGAAUGUGUCAGCCUGAACUGCUUCAAAGGAUUGGUGGAAACUAUGCAUGGUUAAGGCCAUCCUGAACUUUAUGAAGUAUUUAUGAAGCAUCAGAGACUUAUUUUCCCUGUAACAGGAUGCAAAAUCAGGGGAAAUAGGUUGCUUCGUUUCUCAAGUAUUGUCUUUAUUUUUGAGACUAUUUUCGUACAGUUGUCAUACACAAGGCAUAUGUAUGUAUGUGUGUGUGUGUGUGUGUAUAUAUAUAUAUAUAUAUAUAUAUAUUUGUGAAUUGAAAUCUAGAGCUGAAUCUACAUUGUUAAGAGUCACCAUUUUCACCCAACAUCAUGAAUCUUCACUGUCUAUAUUAAUACGUUCCUAUAGAAUUGGGUUGAAAGAAGGAUUGGUUUUCUGUAGAUGUGUAAUGUGACUUUGCAGUUAUAACUUAUUGAAAAUAAAGCAAUUGGAAUUUUUACUCCUAUUCAAAUGGAAAGCACAAAAAGCCUCACAUCCAUUAUUGAUAUGCAACAAGUGCUCUUUUCAUCUGUUAGUAUUUGUAUGGAUUAAAACAAAAUGCUUAAAUUCAUUUUUUUUUGAAAUUUUAGUAUCAGGUUUACCAGCUAGUAGAAAUAGAAAAUAUAGAGAUAUGAUGGACCACAUUGUAAUUGUAAUUUUCUGUGUAUGUGUUUUGUUUUGAUAAAGACAAGUGUAGUCAUGGCUUUAACAUUUCUGUCAUCCUUGCUCUUGAAUUUCAUUUUCCUAAUGGAAGAGCAUGGCUCCAUCCUUUCCCUCUGAUCAGCGUUUAGUCUUUUCCUGUAAGGUUUGGUUUUAGAUUUGAGUAUUAGUACUAUGAUUUUACUAUAUUUUUCUCAUUACAGUUAAAAUACUCUAUAAGACACUAAGACUAUAAAUGAUUUUGUGAUAAUUGAAACUUACUUGACAUUACAUGAACUGAACCAGUUUUACUUUUUGUUUUAGUAUGUUUGUAAAAACAAUUGCAGGUUUGUAUAUAUUCUUUCAUUAUCAAGAAUGCAUAUGAUUGCUUUUUACUAUUAAUAAAUUGACCUGGUAAAACCAAACUCUUAGAAGAAUAACUUUUGAGAUGCUCUGUAGUUGCCCUUAUUCCAGUAAUGAAGUUUAGUUACUUUUUGAUAAAAUUCUUUUUCUAUUCAGUUUACAGAAUCUGGUUAGAAAAAAAGAUGGUGACAUAUUCAUUGUGUUGCUACACCUAGAAGCUUGUUUUUUGAGCUGUUUUAUUUAGACUGUGUGGGUUCUUUUGGUGUGAUAUCUAGAAACUUCACGUAAAUAAGUGUUAUUUCAUGUGGCUUCAGUGUCCUUGUAGACUUCAGCACACUGAUAGCGAGAGGUAAUUUUUCAUGCAUUUUUUUUCUUCUUUUUUUUAAAAAAAAAAAACCCUUAAAGCAACUUUCUAUUUAUUAGCUAGAGGUAAAAUAAACCAAAGAAUGGACAUUUUAGCCUAGUAGGAUGUCCAUACUUUAGGUUUGCAGUUACACUGUCCAAAGCCCUUGAAUUUCUCACUAGCGAACUGAGUCUAGUACAAGUAUCCAUUCCUCACAGGCACAGAUCCAUCAUGCCUUUAUGCAGUGAAAAGGCAUAUAAAUUGUAGAGGUUGGAACACUUAGUAUUUAAAGUAGACUUGUGAGUUUUAAAACCAACUUCAAAGACCUCAUAUAUUACUGCACAGUACAACAAAGAAAGGAAAUCCUUUUCCUUGGGAGAGAUGGCAAAAGCAGAUGUUGUUACCAGAUGCUAUUACCAUAGUCCUGUGACAUGAACUUUUUUGUUUGUUUGUUUUUUGUAAUAUGUCAAAGUAGGAAUGGAAUGUAAUUGGGAUGUUCUACAGUACACCAAAACUUUAUGAUUGAAUGGAUGGAAGCAAAGCUGGUUCAUAUUAGCUAGCAUGAUUGCUUUAGUUUUCAAUUUCAUUAAUUGGCAUAACUAAGGAUGUGAAAAAUAUGUGUUUUGUGGUAAAAAUUAAGAUAUUGGCUGAAAGAUAGAUUAUUUUUAUAAUUUGUUGGGUAUAGUCUAGUUACUAAUAAUUUUAAAAUACUUUUUAGAUAGUUUGUUUUUUAAACUUUAUUUGUAAGAGCCAAUAUACAAGGAACAAUAUUUAUAUUUAUUUAUUUGGGAUAUUAUUGUGCCAAAACAUACUAGCUGUGAGGUAUGUAAUAUCUUCUAGAUACUUAAAAUUAUUUCUAAAACAUAUCAAAAUAAUUACAGUAUACUUCUAGCAACUCCUACCUUUUGAAGGCCAAGUCUUCCCUUACCUUCAUUUUAGUAGAAGCAGUGAUGUCACCAGCUGUGUCCCUACUCUGCCACUUUUUGUCUAUCCUGUUGCCUAUUACUUUGACCCAUUUAUGUUUACUUACUUUUGGUCUUCCUUUUUAGCCAGUAUGUCCUUCUGCCUCAUGUUCACACCAAAUUCUUUCCUAAAUAUAUUUUUCUUGAGAUUGGCUACUAAAAUCUUACAGUACAAUUGAGACUCUGUUAUAGUUACCAGGGAGGAAAUCAGUCCUCAAGGAAACUCAGUCAACAUUAGGUUUCAUAGGAAGUAAAGGAAAACCACUUACAAACCUUUUACAUUAUCAUGUCAUUCAGUACUAAAAGUGUCUUUGCAAUGAAUUUCUUCUCACCUAUAUCUUAAGAAUAUAAACAUGGAAAGUACUAAAAGAAUUGAAUAGACUGCUUGAGGAAGCCUGCUUUUCCCACAAGUUUUCAUUCUCAUAUCCUCUGUUUCAGGUGAGUGCACAGGGUACAAAGUCAUACUUGUCUUUAGUAUUUGAUUUGUCGCCUUCCCUUAAUUUUAAUGUUUCUUGGUCUUUAAAUCAGAAAUAUUCAGAUGAUUGUGCUAUACAGUGAACUAAUAAAUACAUUUUAGUUUGUAUUUUAUGUAACAGUUAUGUGAAUUCUUCUUGUUGGCUGGGUGUUGUUUUGAGUUUUGCAUAUUGUAUCAGGAGGUGGAACUCUAGAGCUGUGGCUGAGAAGGAAGGAAGAGGGAUAAGGAAGCUCAGGGGAAGGGAAGUUGUGGGAAGAUUCAAGGCAGACAUCUGCCCUGGCCCUGGGAUCUGGUCUCCUCUCAGAUGCUGAGUUCAAAACAUUGAUUUUACUCAGACUAUGAAGAUGGUAACUAUUUCUAAUAGCUUAGGCAUAAGUCAAAUGAAUGUCACUACAGAAAAGGAAAUAUUCACCUUUUAUCUCAUGGGUAGCAGUCAAAAGAUGGUUUCUGGAGACAACAUGACAGCUUCAAAUGGGAACUAUCUUGAUUAGUCUAGGUGCAGUUACCUAUCCUGGCUGUAGGGCCAUCAUUCCUGUAGAGAUACAAUAUUUUUUUUCAUUUUAGAUCUUGAUUGAGUUUAAGAUGUAUUUGAUGAUACCCCUAUAAAAUGUCUGUCUUAAUAACUUGUAUAAAAUAAACCAAAUCUUUGGUUUAAUUUUUAUCCUUAAAAAGUUGUGCCUUAAUAAUAGGGCAUUGUAUGUUACUAGGAGGAAAAAAAAUUUAAUAGAUGGGUAAAGUAUGAACUUUUUGCCAUUACAAUUUAAGUUCCUUUAAUUUUUUAAUAUUAGAGUAAGGGAAAUUCAUUGAAAUUAAAAAAAAUUGAUACAAAAUUAUUUUUGCAUAACAUAACAUUUACAAUUAAAGUACAUUUUUAAAUAAAAACUGGCAUCUUGAUAUAUAUAAAAUGAUAUGUCAUCACUUGGUUUUUAAUUUAAUACAAGGUCAGGCUAGAUGGCAUUGUUAUAAAUUAUACUUUUAAAUAAAUAAUUUCAGUAUAAUAAAUUUAUCCAUUUUCCUAAUUCUCUAGUCAUUUUGGCUUAAGAAAAUAGCUGUUUAUUCAUGGUAGCAUGUCAACAUUUUAUUAAAGAAUACUGAAUAUUGUAACAUAAAUACUUUCUAAUGGGGAGAAAAUUGUAAUUCUGAUUAGCACUAUUGAAGGAUAAUAAUCAAAUUUGUACUUCAAAAGCAGGUCUUGGUUUAAUGAGGUGCUGUUUUUAUAUCAGUUAUUUAUCUUUUAUCACAUCAAAGUCUGGCAGGUGUAUGUAUUCUAAUUUACCAUUGACAAAUUUUUUAUUUUUAUUUUAUUUUUAAAGUUGAGUAGUAAAUUAACUUUGUGAGAAAAAUGUGUUUGUAAGUUUUCCUUUGAAUAAUGCAAGCUAAUUUUAGAAGUUAGGAUGAUGAAUAAUACUGAAACAACUGAUUUUAUAUUGUAAUUGUGAGAAUUCCCUAAGUAUUACGAUUAAUGUGAUUUGUAUAAAAUUGCAAAAGGAGGAAGUAGUAUGUUCAAUUAUUGUUAUUUUUUAGGAUAUAAUACAAGUAGGACUUUUUAUUCUGGAGUGACUUGUUCCUCCAUAUUUUUUUUAAUAAGAAAGAGUGCAUACUACAUCAUGACAUCUAUUAACCUAAAAACAGAUUUCAUCUCCAAAGGAUCUGUAACCUUUGUAUCAUUUGUGAAGUAUUAUGAAAGGAAUGUAUCUGGGCUUUUAGUGUUCAUAUGCCCUCACCAUCCUCUGUUGGAAGUAAGUGAAGCUGUUCUGCACUGCCCAGGCUUGCUUUCCUUCUGAUAGUGUUAACCUGGAGCAGCUGUGCAUUUAGAUACAUAUGUUGGAAUUUCACUGAAAGUAGGAGGUUGUUGGUUGUUUCUUGUCAGUUUUCCUGCCCCUAGGAUUUUUUUUUUUUUUUUUGUCAUUCUUCUGUUAAGCCAUUUCUUAAAUAAGUCAAAGAUGAGAGCAAAUGUUUUACCUGUGAAUACUCCUUCCUCUGUCAAACAUGGAGCCAUGGAGGAGAUAGGCCUUUUCCUGUUGCAAAAACAUGCUAUGCCAUGUUUUCUUAGCAUGCUGGGACUUGCUUCACCAUGCCACCAGAUUGGAGUGAACCCUAACUUCAACCAAAUUUCACUAGGAGCUAAAUUCUCCCUGUCUGGCCUCAGAACAGUGUUUGUACCAUACACUGCACCACUUUAACAUAUGCUGUACGUAAACUACUUAGGAGGGUGGAUCGUGUCUUGGUGAUUUUUGUGUUUUGACCAUAACCCCAACACACCUAGCUCAGUAUCUUGCGCAAAUUAGGUGCUCUGUGUGUGUUCAGUUAAGUAACCUAAAGGGUCACUAUUUGCAUUAGCAUGUUUUGUGCCUCUGUUGUAUAAACUGACUGUUUACUUUGCUAAUAUGUGUGAUAUCACACAUGCUAAAUUAUUUUUUUAAAUUUUGCCUUUCCUCUUAGAUACUAUCCCAUGGCCAAUUACUGUUGAAAAUGUGAUUGCUGCCAGUUAGAUAAUACUCUAUCCUUAGAUAUACUUCACCAAAUCAAAUUUGAAUAAAUUGCUCAUGUCUGAAAAAUGAAA